AUGAUAGCUGCGGAAAAUAUCUGGACGAGAGAGCUUUCGGCGGAGCGCAAGGCUUAUCUGGCGCAGUCUCGGAUUCCGGAAAUUAUUGCCUGCAAUGUUGUGUUGCUGGUGUUUGCGACUGUUGGGUUGCUGGUGCGGCUUUUUGUUCGACUGCGAUAUCUCACCGGGAUUAAUAUCGAUGAUGUGAUUUGUAUGGCUAGUUGGGUCUUCACCUUUGUUUUGUGCUUCACUGUGAUGUUGAUGACCAAAUAUGGAUUCGGCAAGCACAUCGGAACAGUAUCAAGCUUCAGCGACCGGGCCAUGUUCCUCAAGCUUGACUUCGUGACUAUGCUCGCCUACGUCCUCGCUCUCGGGACAAUCAAAAUGUCCUUUUGCCUACUUUAUCUCCACAUCUUCCCAGGAAAAAAAUUCCGGAUCGCCUGCUGGUGGCUUCUAGCCAUUAUCGUGGCGCAGACUAUUGCCGAAGCCCUGGUCGUGCUUUUCCAAUGCACUCCUGUUCACAAGGCCUGGGAUGCCACAGGUCUUGUCAAAGGGACCUGCGUCGACAUGAACACAUUCUACUACGCCAAUUUCGCCGUCAAACUCGCCAGUGACCUGGCCUUGUUCACUAUGCCGAUUCCAAAGCUUGUCCAGUUAAGGAUGCCGGUGGGCAAGCGAGUGGGACUAGUGAUAAUGUUCAGUCUGGGUCUUCUUGUAUGCAUGACAAGUAUAAUCCGAAUCUGUUACCUGAAUCCUUUCCAGGUAGACCAUACCUGGUCGAUGGUCAAUGCGACGAAUUGGUCUUGUGUGGAAGUUGCCGUCGCCAUUUUUAUCGCAUGCAUUCCCUCAUUCAACACCCUGAUCAGCUACCGCUUCCCGAGACUGCAGCGUAUGCUGGGUCUCCCUAGCAACAAAGACAACACCACUGGUCCGUCGAAUACAUAUGGCACUUCAAGUCAUCGGACGUGGAAUACUCUAUCAAUCGAGCCGAAUAAUAGCCAUAAAUUGAAAGCAAUCAUGGGCAAGGGCCAUGGCGAUGUGCAAGUCAGUGCCAAUGGGUCACAGGAGCAUAUUAUACAUGCUGGAAUUCAGGUGACUACUGAUGUUAGUGUCAAUGAUAGGAAAGUUUGA